CAAUUCAUCAAGCUGAGGGUUCCUGAAACAGCUGCAAGAUUUAGAUAUUGAACAGAGAUACAGUAUACGCCUAUGUAAAUUCUUAUGAAAUAUAAGAUCAAAGUGAUGGGAAGUAAUGUUGGACAAUCUAAAUAUGAGAUAAAGAUCAAAGGAAUGUGACAUAAAGCUUUGCUAUCAAAUCUGUUUCCCAUCUUUUAGGGGACAGUGGGAUUUUGCAGUUGCUCCUUACUAAUUUGGUUAAAUGAAAGAGAAAAUGUGUUCCCAUUUCAUUGGCCACUCCAUUCAUGAAAAGUCAUAAAACUUGACUUCAGGAGAAAGUUGCUCAAUGUUUAAAUAGCACUGAACUUAAAAAGAUGGUAAUGUGCUUUGUUACAUUGGGAUCAGCAAAGAAAAAGAGAAACAAAUGUGGAAUUCCAAGAUGUACAAGAAGUCACGCAGACUGGUGAAGAGAGGUUUACCACCCUGCUGACAACUGAUGUUCAGCUCCCAGGGACCUCCCAGAGGCGCCUUCUUUCCACCAUGUCUCUACCCAGCUCUAUCUUAGCCUUAUAGACUUUAGACUUACAGCAACACAUUGCCAUAAAUAAAAUAAAGCUUUCUUUUCAUGCUCAGAAUCUCCCAUUACCACCUACAUUCUCUUAACACAAAUAGUGCUGUGUCUUCAGUGCUAGUAAACACAUAAAAAGUUAUUUAAUUUUACAGGGAUAUUUCAUAAACUACCCACUCUUUCAGCCCUACUCUGCUUGCCCAGAGCAUCUGUCUACUGUCAAUGUUUUGCAAAGGAAUAGGAACUGCAAAGAUAAAAUGCUAAUCAGAUUUCUGAAAUGAAUACCUAAAUUGGCAAGGUGGCAACUCCAGCAUCUCAGCAUGAGCUAUGUAGCAUUUGUUCUGAGCUCAUUUGCAGCAUGUGUGUAUUUCUGCGCAAACGAACAAGUUCGGAACAUCUGUGGUGGGGACAAAUCAAACCUUGAAGAAACUCCCACAAGAAAAGCAGUGGUGUAACCCAAGGCUGAAUUAGCCCUCUUAUUUCCAAAAAGUCUACCGAGGACAGUAUGGCCUAGGAGGUGUGUAUAACUGGCAGGUGCUCAAGUGUCAAAAUAGAAGCAGAAUCACGGGCGGCAUACAUCCUGUGCUCCGCGGGCAAGACGAAAACAAGAAAAGCAGUUGAAUUGUUUGGUGUAAAAAGCAGCUUUCCAGGAUCACUCCAGCCACGGUGUCGUUGUGAUCAAUCCGCAUUGAAAAGCUGUCUCUGAUACAACCUGAGUGUGUGCAAGAGAGGAGCAAGAUGCUUCACACUAGAGACAACUCCUUUCCGAGCAGCAGCGCAGGCGUCCCAGCAUCCUACGAAACUCCAGCACUAGCAGAUCUCCAGCGACUGAUUUGGUUCAGAGGAGGGUCUGAUAACCAUGUGGACCAAGUCUGGCCAAAUAUUUACCUCGGAGAUGCGUGGGCUGCUAGGAGCAUAACUACUAUUCAAAGCCUCAACAUAACUCAUAUCCUUAAUGCAGCGCAUGGGCCAUACAGCAUCAACACAGGAGCCAAAUAUUACAAAGAUCUGCAAAUAGAGUACUUCGGAAUAGAAGCAUUUGAUGAUCCUUCCUUUGAUUUAAGUAUCUUCUUCUACGAUGCUGCCAAUUUCAUAGGCAAAGCCUUAAACACUUCAGGAGGUAAAGUUUUUGUUCACUGUGCCAUGGGGGUGAGCCGCUCUGCAACAUUAGUGCUUGCCUUUUUGAUGAUCCAUGAAAACAUGACGCUCGUGGACGCUCUGAAAACGGUGGGUUCUCACAGAGACAUCUGCCCAAACACAGGGUUCCUCAGCCAGCUGCGAGAACUGGACAUUAAAUUAAGCGAAGAGAGGAAAAGAACCAGAGAACCUGCUAGCAAAGCACUGUAAAACAGUAUCGCUAAAAGAGAGAGGACAAAACAUUACUUGAAUUUCCUGGAUCUCUUUGAAAUGAAUUGCAUUUGCAAACUAAGGAUAUAAGUUUAAGAUGCUCUAGAUUAUAUGUCGUUACUAAAAAUACAUUUUACCUGAUCUUCCCG